GUACACUCCAGUCCUGUUGGUGGCAGUAGGAAAUGUGAAACCACAGCAGAAGAAAACAAAAAGAAACCGAUUGCUACACUGUACAAUAGCAGACUGGACUGUAAACAGAUGAUCUCAAGCGUCGCUGUUUAGGUAUUAAAAACGCUGUACUGCUGGAUAAACUACUGUGGUGCUGUUCCCUCGCUGAACCCCCUAUCACUCCUGCCUCCUACUGCUGUUCCCUUGAAGGCCUCCACCCCCUCCUAUCCCUCCUGGUGACCCCUGUGAUGUCGUCCCCGUGCUGUGGCUUCCUGGCGCAGUACACCCACCAUCACCUGGUCGCCUUCCUCCUCACCUUCUUUAGCUAUGUCCUCCUGCAUGCCUCAAGGAAGACCUUCAGUAAUGUGAAAGUGAGCAUCUCAGCCCAGUGGACUCCCUCUGUGCAGAAUGCCAGCUCUCCUGCCUUCUCACCCGGGGAGACAUGGGAGAAUAACCUGUUUGCAGACUCCGAUGAAGCCACUCUGUUCCUGGGUGUCCUUGACACCAUCUUCCUGUUUUCCUACGCCGUGGGCCUAUAUAUGAGUGGAGUGAUCGGAGACCGCAUGAACCUCCGGUAUGUCCUCUCCUUUGGUCUGUGUGGUUCAGCCAUAGUGGAGUUUGUGUUUGGUACCCUGACUGAGUGGCUGCAGUUCUAUAACAUCUACCUGUACUGUGGCCUUUGGGUACUGAACGGCCUACUGCAGUCUGCUGUCUGGCCCUGUGUGGUGGCAGUCAUGGGGAACUGGUUCGGCAAGUCGGGGCGAGGUUUUGUGUUUGGCCUGUGGAGUGCCUGUGCCUCUGUUGGGAACAUUCUGGGAGCUUUCCUGGCAUCCAGUGUUCUCAAGUACGGAUAUGAGUAUGCCUUCCUGGUCACUUCAGUGCUGCAGUUUGCUGGUGGGGUGGUGGUGUUCUUUGGUCUGCUCACCUCCCCUAAAGAAGUGGGUCUGUGUUUGGAGUCAGAGACAAGUCUGAGUCCAGUGGAGAGAGAUGCAGACAGCCACAGGCCUCUGAUGAGUGAUGAAGAGGAUGAGGAAGAGGAGGGGGAAGAGGAGGGAUCGGAGGAGGUGUGUGACGGAGGGUACUACACCAUCCAGCAGGGGGAUGAGGAAACACCCAAAGCCAUCGGAUUCUGCCAGGCCUUCUGCCUGCCCGGGGUGCUGCCUUAUUCUCUGGCGUACGCGUGUCUGAAGCUGGUGAACUACUCCUUCUUCUUCUGGUUGCCCUUCUACCUGAGCAGGAACUUUGGCUGGAAGGAGGCCCAAGCCGACAGGCUCUCUGUGUGGUACGACGUGGGAGGCAUCAUAGGUGGUACGAUCCAGGGCCUGAUCUCAGACUGCAUGGGGAAGAGAGCUCCAGUGUUAGCCGUCAGUCUGCUGCUGGCUAUGGGAGCCCUGGUGGGGUACAGUCACUCCCCUCCGGACCAGGUGGUGAAUGCAGCUCUCCUGGCCACCACAGGUUUCUUCAUAGGAGGGCCAUCCAACAUGAUCAGCUCAGCCAUCUCUGCAGACCUGGGGCGACAGGAGGCCCUCAGGGGCAGUCAGGAGGCUCUGGCUACCGUCACCGGCAUAGUGGACGGGACUGGGAGUAUUGGAGCUGCAGCGGGACAGUACUUGGUAUCGCUGAUCGAGAGCAAACUGGGCUGGAUGUGUGUGUUCUACUUCUUCAUAGUCAUGACGGGGGGCAGCAUAGUCUUCAUCUUGCCGCUGAUCGUGACUGAGACUCGGGCCAUGUGGAGGGACAGACAGGCAAGGACACACCGGCUGUGAAGCCUUCCUCACGGGGGCCAUGUUUGUUCCUACUCCUUCCCUAUUGGGCCUACUAGCUGUCAGUCAAUCAGAUUAUGUCCACUGAUCACUACUGUAGAUAUAUGUACAACAUGUCUAUGAAUGUGUGUGUCCAGUCUAUGUAUAUAUUUGGUCUGAAACACGUUUUUUAAAGAUUACUUCAGCGCCUUUUACAAGUGGGGGCAGGGCCCUCUCAAUGUUUGUGGCCUGAGAUAGGAAGUUCCAAGCAGCUGUCAAUGAUUCAAAUUCCUUUACCUGUUUACUGAAGUGUAUAAUGAUUACUUGUAUAGAAUGAUUGGAUCUGCUCAUUUGCUUAGUAGAGAUCAGAUUUCAAAGGCACGCAAAACACACACUCACUGAAGUCUGCCACUCACUCUUAGAAUCUCACAGUCACACAUCCGCAUGGUGGAUUUUCAGUCAUUGCCUGUAGCACAUACAUGUAGUCAGUGACCACGUUUACAUGCACACAGUAUUCUGGACAGUAGCUCAUUCAUAUGGGUUAAUUAAAUAGUAACUGAAAUAUGGCCUACAACCUCACACAUGUAGCAUAAUAUAAUGUUAACUCGUGCAGAAUUAUGCAUUUUUUGCAGUAAAAUUAGGCAACAAAUGUUAAUUUUGUCUCGGGAACAGGAGUGGAUAAAUAUUAAUUAUUUAUUUCAGCAUCUCUUGAGAAAAUGCGUGUGUAAUGUAUCAUAAACCUAUUUAAUCGUUUUCUCAUCUUUUAAUUGAAUUAAAACAGGUCAAACUGAUGACAUUUGGACAUUUUGCACAUACCUAUCGUUCCAUUGUUUUUGGAAUCUUUCCACUGUUCUCCCGGUCGCUAAACGAAACAGACAACUUUUACCGGUUUUAGCUAGAUUACUACUGCGUUCAUUCUAUCGAUGAUAGACAUUAUUCUGGUGAGCACUACUUUAUUUGGUCUUCUGGGACAAGUUAUGACAGAAGAGAAGCUGCAUGAAUCUAACAAUAGUUGGCAAACAAAUGGCCUACUAAUUGUCAGAAAUUAUAAACAGAAAGUGUCUAAAUUAAGGGUGAAAUUAGCCAGUAGGCUACACGGUCCAAUACGGAGCAUCAGUAAAACUUUUUCGGGUUAUUGUAAACGGGAUAUGAUGUUUACGUGUGUCAACUCACUUGAGUACCCCGAAUAAUAAGGGAAUAUUGGUGUGCAUUUAAACGUGGUCAGUGUAAAAAGUACGUUUGCCGAUAAAGUUUUUAAGCAGCUUUGUAAGUCAUAAAGGUCAGUAAACAUUAACUGCACGCCUCUGAAAUAUUGUAUUUAUUUAAAGAACAGUAAGAUUACAUCAAUGUAAAAAAAAAAUCGUCUUAUCAAAAUGAGGUAAAAGUAUACUGAUUUUAUUUACUGUAGGUACAUAAAUUAAAACGGUACAAGUAGUUAUCCUGGUUGGACUGGGAUCAGUUGCUAAAUUACUGUAGUGGUUUUAACCAAGGUCACAAGUGCAUUUCAGCUGGUCCAGGACCUGCUAAACUUGAUGAAAUGGAAUGUGUAUUUAAUUGUAACAUUAUCGAAUGUAUGUUCUUAAUCUGUGAUGAAUGUUAGUUUUUUUUCUCUCCAUAUGUGCACUUUAAAUUAAUAUUUUAAUGAGCCUAUGUGAUGUUUGUUUUGUUUUUUCAAGAAAAGAAAAUAGACUUUUUCUAAACUGUU